UUCCUGCUCCUCUCAGAGGCUCCUCUGGAUCAGAUGAAGGUGGAGGGCUUGCAGGAGUACGGGGAGUCCGUGUCUUCAGCAGACCGGACCACCACUGACGCUGCCACCGCUGCUGCAGGUGCAGUCCGUAUGGGCGGGGCUCUGUGCAGCCCCGGCUCGGCUGAACGCUGCAUGUCACGGCUGCUGAGCGCGGUGGAGAGCGAGCUGCAGGCCGGCCGGGAGAAGGGUGAUCCCACGGAGCGCGAGCUGAGGGUGGUGCUGGAGGAUGCCGAGCUGUGGAGGAAGUUUCAGCACAUCACCAACGAGAUGAUCGUCACCAAGAAUGGACGGCGGAUGUUCCCGGUCCUGAAGGUCAGCGUCUCCGGUCUGGACCCCAGCUCCAUGUACUCCUUCCUGUUGGACUUUGUGCCGGCUGACGGCUGCCGCUGGAAGUUUGUGAAUGGAGAGUGGGUGGCGGCAGGGCGGGCGGAGGGCCGCAGCGAGGGUCGGGGACAUGGCGGCAUCUACAUCCACCCCGACUCGCCAAACUUCGGAGCUCACUGGAUGAAGGCGGCCGUGACCUUCAACAAGGUCAAACUCACUAACAAGGUCAACGGAGGAGGACAGAUCAUGUUGAACUCUCUCCAUAAGUACGAGCCACAGCUCCACAUCGUGUGUGUCGGCUCACGUCAUCGUCUCGUCUCCAAUGUGUCCUUCAAGGAGACGCAGUUCAUUGCCGUCACCGCCUACCAGAACGAAGAGAUCACGGCUCUGAAGAUCAAAUACAACCCGUUCGCUAAGGCCUUCCUGGACGCCAAAGAGAGGAACUCGGGUGGACGGAGCUUAGCAGAGUCAUCAGAGAGUCGUGUCGGGAUUCAGCAAUGUGAGUCUGAACAUAUCACGGCUCUGAAGAUCAAAUACAACCCGUUCGCUAAGGCCUUCCUGGACGCCAAAGAGAGGAACUCGGGUGGACGGAGCUUAGCAGAGUCAUCAGAGAGUCGUGUCGGGAUUCAGCAAUUGUGUCUGUCUGAAGGAGUGUUAUCAGACGGAUGGAGCAGCUCCUCCCCUCGUCCCCCCUCCUCCUCCUCUUCCUCCCUGUCCUCUCCCCCCUCCCUCCCCUUGACUAGCAGCGCUCCUUCCUCACAGCCUCCUCCUCCUCCUCAUAACUCCAGUCAGUAUCCCUGUCUGUGGACCGUCGGAUGCACUGAGCUAAGCCCUGCCCACUCACCUUGCACCACUCUCCACGGACCAAUCAGCAGCGACAGCCUGAUACAGCCACCCAGUCACGGUCGAGUGGGCGGUGCCGGAUGGCCACCUGGCCCCACCCACUCCUUCUGA